AUGGACAAGAGCAUGAUAGGAGAUCUGGAUUCCCUUCCAGAGGAAGACAAGCUCAGAAUGGCCACUAUGAUCGAUCAGCUCCAGAUCCGCGACAGUUUGAGGAUGUAUAACUCACUUGUCGAGAGAUGCUUCACUGAUUGCGUCGAUACCUUCAAGCACAAAUCGUUGCAGAAGCAAGAGGAAACCUGUGUCAGGCGAUGCGCUGAGAAGUUCCUAAAGCAUUCAAUGCGUGUUGGCAUGAGGUUUGCAGAGCUCAACCAGGGAGCUGCAACACAAGAUUAG